AUACGGGUAUGUUCUCUGCUUCUACCCUCGGAUCUUGGGUUAAUUUUGUAGCUGUUGGUUGGAUGGAUCUGUACGUUGCGUGUAGCUGUGGUAAAGGGCAAAAGCGGAUUUGAAAUUGAAAUCAGAAAACCUUAGAUUGAAUUCAGGAAUGCUUUGCUUAGGGCUUUAGUUUUCUGGACUGAGUGUUCAGUGUUUGAAGUUCUGCGGUUCUUUUGGUUGCUUCGAAAGAUAUUGAUUGUUGUGGGUGUUUGGGCUCUGAUUUUAGAACCCUGGGGCAUCCGAAGUUUAUACAUUGGUUUGACUUAGGGGAACUAAAAAACAAGUAGCAUUUCCUUGUUGGUGCAAGUGUGAGUUUUGUGUACAAAUGGAUAAUUCUAAAAACAGGCAAAGUGAUAGUUUGGGUGUGAACAAAAUGGGAAAGAAUAUAAGGAAGAGCCCACUACACCAGCCCAAUUUUGGUAAUAAUGCUUCUAGGCAACAGCCUCAGCCUCAGGUCUACAACAUAAGCAAGAACGAUUUCCGGGACAUUGUCCAGCAGCUUACUGGAUCGCCUUCACACUCACAGGAUCCUCCUCCGAGACCUCCUCACCAUCCACCAAAACCACAGAGCAACCGAUUACAGAAAAUAAGACCGCCCCCAUUGACACCCAUCAACAGGCACCCCAUGCCUCCACCAAUGCCAGUCCCUGCAGCCCCUCCCCCUGUUCCUUAUAAUAAUAGCUUGCCUAGGCCUGCUCAAUUAGGGCAACCAUCACCAACUCCCUUGCAUCCAUUAAAUCCAGGGGACAUGAGUUGGUCUAAUCCAACUGAGUCACCCAUCUCGGCUUACAUGCGCUACCUUCAAAGUUCAAUGUUGGAUCCAAGUCCGAAGGGAGGCCAAGCUCAACCUCAACCACACCCAAACCCACAGUUACAAGGGCCAGGCAAUUUUCAGCCCCGACCACCACCAUCUGCUUUACUUCCUAAUCCUUCCAUGCCUAUGCUUCCUUCUCCUCGAUUAAAUGGUCCUAUUCCACCCAUGAAUGCUGCUAAUCCACCUAUGCCAAAUAUCCCUUCCCAACAACCAAAUGGUCCUCCGCCUUUACCUUCUCCAACCUCCCAGUUCCUCUUGUCAUCCCCUACUGGUUUCUUGAAUAUGCUAUCCCCACGGUCACCAUAUCCACUUUUAUCACCUGGAAUGCCGUUUCCAUCUCCUCUUACACCCAACUUUCCAUUCUCACCAAUGGUACAACCUGGGAUUUUAGGCCCGGGGCCUCAACCUCCACCUUCUCCAGGCCUGUCAUUUCCUUUGUCUCCUUCAGGCUUUUUCCCUAUCUCCAGUCCUAGGUGGAGAGAUCAUUAGUCUUUUCAUAUUGAGCUACAUGCUUCGUUGGGGAGUGCUUUGUUUCAACUGGACUAAUCUAGAUUCUCGCAAGAGCUUUUGUUCAUGGGCAUGUAAUGUACAAUAAGUUGUAUAAGGUUUUUCUGGAUAUUUGCUGUGUUCCCUUUUCAUUUCUCUUUUGUUGAUAACUAGAAUGGCUGCAAUCCUUGUACUUUGACAAGUUUUACUUUAGCUUAUAUAUUGAAGAACAGACAACUCGAUUGGACAAUUGGACAUGAGCUACUUGGGAGACUGAACUGUAAAAUGAAAGAAAGUAGGAUUACAGACAAUAUUUGUUAUGUAGACUAGAUAAAUUUCUUUUAUGAUAUAUUGGUUUACAUCUUAAAUUUUA